AUGGCAGCCGGCGGCGGAGGCUUCUCCCGGUGGAGGGGCGGCGGGUCACCGCCAGUUCUCCUUCUCGCCUUGACGGCAGUCGGCCUCCAGCUGCUGCUGGCGUCGGCGGAGCUCCAGCGGGUGGCGCAUCCGGCCAAGAACGACGGGUCUCUCUCUGUCCUUGUUGUCGGAGACUGGGGCAGGAGGGGUGGCUACAACCAGUCUAAAGUCGCUGCUCAAGUCAGUCGGUUAACUCCCCCCCCCACAAACUCUCUUCCCUUCUCUCUAUAGAAACUCUCUCUCUAUCUAUCCUUCUGUGAAUCCUGUGCCCCCCCCGAUUAGAUCUGUGUCGCUGGUUUGCAGAUGGGGAGGGUCGGGGAGAAGCUGGACAUCGACUUCAUUAUCUCCACUGGCGAUAAUUUCUACGACACCGGGAUCCGGAGUGUUGAAGACAGGGCCUUCGAGGAGUCCUUCACGGACAUCUACACAGCCAGCAGCUUGCAGAAGCCAUGGUACGCCGGUGAGUCCUGGCUUGCCGGAAACCCAUUCCUCUGACAAUCAGCGGCUCCAUCGCCACGAGCCAUGGAGGAUUACUCAAGUUCGGAAAAGCACGGAAAACAGCCUCCAAGGGCGCGCGCGCGCGCGAGAGAGAGAGAGGCUGUUAUUUGCGGGCCGGGCUAAUCUGACCCAUCGGCGGCCUAUUUACGACUAAAGUAGUGAUUUUUUAUUUUGAAGUAAUGUGGGAAGACUCCAUUAUUCUGACUCCAUUUUGAUCUGCAAUCGGAACCCGGAAAGUACUCGGCAACCACGACUACCAUGGCGACGUCCUCGCGCAGCUGAGCCCCGCCCUGCGAGAGAUCGACCGCCGGUGGAUCUGCAUGCGAUCGUUCAUAGUUGACGCAGGUAACCUCGAGAGGGAGAAACAGAAGACAACUUAGAGAGAGAGAAAGAGAGAGAGAGAGAGAGAAAGAGAGAGAGAGAGAGAGAGAGAGAGAGUGAGAGAGAGAGAGAGAGGGAGGCAAGGAGAGAGAGAGAGAGGAGGAGAGAGAGAGAGAGAGAGAUAGCUAGAUAGAGAGAGAGAUAGGGAGAGAGAGAGAGAGAUAGAGAGAGAGAUAGGGAGAGAGAGAGAGAGAGAGAGAGAGAGAGAGAUAGGGAGAGAGAGAGAGAGAGAGGGAGAGAGAGAGAGAGAGAGAGAGAGAGAGAGAGAGAGAGAGAGAGAGAGAGAGAGAGAGAGAGAGAGAGAGAGAGAGAGAGAGAGAGAGAGAGAGAGAGAGAAGAGAGAGAGAGAUGUAGCAGGCAGGCGGCUCUACUCGUUAUAAAAAAAUUCUAAUUUGGAGGGUCGGGUUGCUUUCAUCAGAGGUUGCUGAGUUCUUCUUCGUGGACACCGUCCCCUUCGUUCUCCGCUACUGGAAGCACCCCGGUCUCCGGCGGUACGACUGGCGUGGCGUCGCCCCCAGGGAAGCUUACCUCUCAGGCCUCCUGAAGGUAAGAAGACGAAUUUCCGCCGGCGGCGGCAGCAGUAGCGGAGAUUACAUAGACUGAACUCACUGGUUUUCGGUGGUACCCAGGACCUGGAGGCGGCGUUGAGGGCAUCUCCGGCGAGGUGGAAGAUCGUCGUCGGCCACAAUCCGAUCCGAAGCGCCAGCGUCCAUGGCAACACCAAGGAGCUCGACGAGCUUCUUCUGCCGGUGCUGAAGGUUGGCCGGCGACGGUGGCGACCAGACCGCAGAGAAGGAUGAGCUGGUUAAUCAUGGGUUCUCUUCUUUGCAGGCCAACGACGUCGAUCUCUACAUCAAUGGCCACGAUCACUGCCUGGAGCACAUCAGCAGCAACGACAGGUAAGAAGAGGAAGAAGAAGCCUGAGCUUCGAUAAAUAAUAUAUAGUUGCAUUUUUAUAAACAGUAAAUACUUCUAGUGGCCCUUGACUAGCUCGAAAGCCGUCUAGUGGACCCGGAUGGGAAUAUUUCCAUUCGGAUUGCGACGGUUUCUUGUGAUAAACUGUCUGUCUCGGAUUUUGUGAUUCUUCCAGCCCGAUCCAGUUCCUGACGAGCGGGGCGGGCUCCAAGGCGUGGAGAGGGGUGUUCAAGCCCAACGCGGACAGGCUGAUGUUCUUCUACGACGGGCAGGGAUUCCUCUCCAUUCAGCUCACGAGGGACCGCCUGAAGCUCGCCUUCCACGACGUUGCCGGCGAGGUCCUCCACCGGUGGAGCACCGCCAAGGCUCUCCAUCCCUUCAUCUAG